AUGGCGGUUCCAGCUCUCAAUUAGUCUGCGUAAAGUAAUCAAAUUGGAGAAAGAUAUAGAUGGCUGGCUCAGUUAUGUUCCAGAGCCUAUGCUGCAUAAUCCCACACUCUCCAAGAUGUUACAAGAAUCAAACCCUGGCUUUCACCCACUCUCAAUUCUUCUCUUCUAAGUCAUUUUUAAGGUUAAAGAAGCAGUCUUUGGUCUCAGCUCUUCAAAUUAAUAAGAGGCAGAGGACUCGGAGGUAUCGCUCUGUUCCUGUUGUGUUCGCUGCACAGUCCAAUUUCUUAAAAGUUGUACAAAUAGUUUGGAAGGUUGGGAGAGAUGGAAUUGAGGCAGGAACCAAUCUUGUGCCGGAUUCUGUGCCAAGAUCAAUUGCAAGGGUUUCUGUGACAGUAGUUGCAUUGGCUCUUUCACUCUUUGUACUCAAGUCUUUACUGUCUACAGUUUUCUUUGUGCUGGCUACGAUGGGACUUGUAUACUUCACAUUUAUAGCUUUGAAUAAGGAUGAAGGACCCAAGGGGGGUGGAGGCACCACCUCUACACCAAAGGAGGAGGGGAUGGAGGACAGUCUAGAAGAAGCCAGAAGAAUCAUGGAGAAGUAUAAGUAACAUCCUCACUGGUAGGGCUCAUUCACUCAUUUUCAUAUCAUUUGUGGUCACACACAGAGAAGGUGGAACAAAGGAUUUUGAUGAAUAGAAGAAAUAUA